AAUAUUCUAUAUAUUUAAAAAAUCCAAACAAAACUGCAUUCUCCGUUAAUAUUGUUCUGCACUUAGUUUUUGAGUUUUAUGAAAUUUAAAUGCGUUAUUUUCUCUCUUCAUAUACUCUAGUAAUAGAGGAAACUCCAUGUGCGUCAUAGAAACCUAAACCAUUUAACAAAAAUAUGAUGUAGGCUUAUAUGUCCGAAAAUUGAUAGUUGAUAUAUUCAAAAACAAAAUGUUACAGCCAAUUAAAAUGUUAUCAAGAUAAAUUGAAAGCAAUAAGUUUAGCUGCGGCAUUUUUAAGACAUUAUUUUGUCAAAAUAUGCUUAGAUUUCAUUAAAUGUUCUGGGAAAACGAGUUAGGUAUGCAGGGAUCAAUUAUUUAAUAGCUUUAUGGGGGUCGGUAGUAAAAUUUUCCGCUUUACUGUUGCCUAAAGAAGCACUUUCGCUGAAAAAACAUUUGCUAACAAGUCAGAAUGGGCCGACAUGUUACGGACAGCGAUAUCUCCAGAACUGAGGUACCUUGCAUUCCAGUGUGGGAAAGUAGGGCCUAUUUAUAUGAUUUUUAUUCUCGAACAAUGUCAUUAAAGCACAGUUUUAUUUUAUUUUUAGUUAAUUUUGAACAGUUAAAUCUGAAAUCUGAAUCUGAAUAUUUGUAAAAAUCUAUUGUGCUAAUUGUAAUUGAAUAUGAAUGUUUAAAUUCACGGACCACCAAACAAAUCUAGACGUUACAGGAAAACCCGACCAAAAUUAGCAGCUGACGUAUAUAAAUUUCACAGGCGGCUAGAUGCAAUAAAACUUUGAUUUCACGGAUUCUGGGGAAAUCCAAAGAGUUAUAGCCGUAGCCAUUAUCGUAUUUAGAAUAAAAUUUUGAAUGCCCUUUGUAAUAGUCAGCGCUUGAUAAUUUGAUUUGAUUGAUAAUUUCGCUUACAUAGUAUACAUAAUUCCCAAGUAUUCAAUCAAUUAAAAAUAGGCUACACGGUCUAGACACCACAUAUUAAUUUGGCCGUCGAAUAGGAAAAUGCUAUACCAUACGGGAGUUUUCAUUGAAAAAAUUAUCUUUGUCACGUGAUGAACGUACAAGCUUUUUGAAAACUUGUUUUCUGACCACAACAUUAGGGUUGAUAGAGGUAAAGUCUGUUCAUAGAUAUAAGGAAGUGACUAACUGAUACGAAUUAAGGAAAUACCCGGGCAAGCUGUAAGAAUGAAAUAUGGCCGAACGGGUCCGUACUUUGCUUAGAAUUUAAUUAUUUGGGGUUUUGUUAGGAAAGAUACUAAACAAUAUUUAUUUAUUUAUGUUUAAAUCUAAAAUAAUAUUACAAAUAAUUUUUAUUACUUACUUAAAUUACUUAAAAUUGUUCACAUAAUAAUCAGUAUCACUAUCGCUAUCAUCGCCUGUUCUAUAUUAUUCGCAAUAUGGAUAUACGAUUGUUCUGCUUUUCUAUAUGUUUAACAGAAUCAGCCCAACUUUGGGGAGGGAUGUUAAAAACUUCGGUUUCUAUAAGUUUGAGGACAUUGAGUUAACACGGGGAAAAACAUUGUUACCACGAAUGGCAGAUUAAAACUGUAUGCCCUAGAUUUUUUGCAUAAUUAUCACAGACGUAUUCCUUUUGUAGGUUCAAGCUUUGUAGAACCUCAAUUAAUUGCUUUUUGCUAUAAUCUUCGUGAAAAUAAAUGUAGUUUUGGAUUGUUGCUUUUGUGUCACAUGAGGAAGGGGUUUUAGUCAACUGUCUACUGUGAUAACUUGCGUUGUCCAUUACAAUGACGCUUUUAGGAGGAAUGUUUGGAACUAGUUGGUUUUUAAACCAACUUUCAAAUAAAUCAGCGGUUGUGUCCUCAUGGUAAUCCAGAGAAUGAUCUUUAAUAUUAAUAUUUUUCGCAGACAGAGUCAGUUGAGUCAACCCAACCCUUUUCCGGGGUAUCAUGAAGUGUCGAACCAGAUUUCAUCCAAAUAUUCCAGAUAUGACCACCCUUGGAUAAUCCUAUUUAAACGCAAUUGGUCACUUUCUUACAUAUAUGAACUGACCAUACAAAAUAAUUCCAGUUAUUGUACAGUGAAAACUUUCCAUCGAAGGGCGGGUGACGAAUAUAUUACGAAAUUGUGCCUUUAAACGAGCGGUAAAUACCCGAAAUUCCGCGAGUCCUCAGAAAAUCCCAACACUUAAGAAGCAAUUAGUGCUGUGGCUGCAACAUCCAUUGCAUCGAAAUUUGAGUCACAUUCCAGUGCGGCACGGCUGUUCCUAUGCUCGAGGUGAAGUCACGGGAAGGUUUUACAUGGACCCGUGCUUAGAAAUCCGGAAGCUGCCGCCGAGCGCGACGAAAGAACUGGCCAGGAUUCUCGAAUACGCCGACUCCUGGAAAACGCUCAUGGCCGUCAUCCCAGCGACCUUAGAAGCUGACGCCGAUUUUGCCGCCGCCCACCGCACCAGAUACAACUCGGAUCACAUACAGAUUAUCGAACAGGCGUCGCGCAAAGACAAAAGAUCAUCGCCGGAAAUCCUAUUCGACGAGUGGGGCACUUGUGGGCGCGUGAGACCCAACCUGGGACACCUGUUCCACCUGCUGGUCAAGGCGGAACUGUUCCGGGCGGCGGACUUCGUGGCGGUCGACUUGCUCAGGCGCGAACCUCCUCAGAGGCCUGCCACGGGACCCUCGGCUCAAAUCACGGACCACCGACCAGGUAAAAUCGGCAACCGCGCCACACAAAGCGGAGAAUCGGCAAACACGCUCGGAAUUGUGGCUGCGCCACUGUCAGACUUCAACGGAUUACGAUCAGACCUGAUUGUCUUUUCCACGGAAGAAAACGCCCGUGAUACGAAAGAUGGGGAUGUCGUACCUAACCUAUCGGUACUUUUAAACUGACGGAAGCGGA